CAUAAUAAACUUGAGGGAAGAACAGAGGGAGCAGUCUUAGGUGAUUCCAGCUGCAAUGAAAAUGAAAACAUAACGACAGGAGAGAGGGAGCCAACAAUCUUCCCUCUUGCCUAACAUUUUCAUCUUUGUAGCAUCUUCUUUUCCAACACUUGUGUGCAAGAAGUGUUCCUUUUUCCUUGAAGCAUCUGCAACUAAAGCUUUGGUUUCUUCACAAGGAAUGGAGCACGAGUCCAAAAUCCAAGUCCCAAGAGUGAAAUUGGGUGCUCAAGGCUUGGAGACAAAGGUAUAGAACAAGAAGCAAAAAAUGCUCUCAGAACUGUGAAAACAGGGAAUACAAGUGUUUUUUAAGUAUAAAUUGUGGAUCUUGUGUUUAUCCAAACUUUCUUUUAAGUUCAAUUAGAAGCACUGUGGUUCAGACAACUUCGGAGUUGGACAAGUACAUAGAUUUUGCCCAAGAUAUCUAUGCCCUGCACUGUACUUGAGAAGGUUUCUAGAUUGGGCUUCGGAUGUGGGGGACUUUCUGGAAUACUAAAUGCUCCACUCUCCCAUGAAGCUGGAUGUUCAAUUUUAAAGGAGGCUUUUCAUAAGGGUAUCACCUUCUUCGAUACAGCAGAUGUCUGUGGACAAAAACAUGACAAUGAGAUCAUGAUUGGCAAGGCACUGAAGGAGCUUCCUCGAGAACAAGUUCAGUUAGCCACAAAAUGUGGCAUUAUCUCAGUUGAUUGGACUCAUGUUGAGGUCAAGGUUACCCCUGACUAUGUGCGACAAUGCUGUGAAGCAAGUCUCAAACGGCUUGAUGUGGACUAUAUUGAUCUUUUCUACACGCAUCGUGUGGACUUGUCUCUGCCAAUUGAGGAUACUAUAGGGGAGCUCAAGAAGCUAGUGGAGGAGGGAAAAAUAAAAUACAUUGGAUUAUCAGAAGCCAGUGUAGACACAAUAAGGAGAGCACAUGUAGUUCAUCCUAUCACUGCCGUACAAAUGGAAUAUUCUCUGUGGACUCGUGACAUUGAAGAGGAUGUACUUCCACUUUGUAGGGAACUUGGAAUUGGGAUAGUGGCAUAUAGCCCUCUUGGUCGUGGGUUCUUUGGUGGGAAGGCUGUUGUAGAGAACUUGCCUGCCGAAAGCGUGUUAUCUUCGCAUCCAAGGUUCUCUGGGGAGAAUUUAGAGAAAAACAAAAUUCUAUAUGCCCGAUUUGCAGACUUGGCAGCAAAACAUGGCUGCAGCCCUCCUCAACUAGCUUUGGCAUGGCUUUUCCAUCAAGGAAAUGAUGUGGUUCCGAUCCCUGGAACAACUAAGAUUAAGAACCUUGAUGCUAACAUUGGAUCUGUGGCGGUGAAGCUUACGCAGGAGGAUUUGAAAGAAAUUUCUGAUGCAAUUCCCAUCGAUGAAGUGACUGGAGUGAGGGAACUUGAUUUCUUAUCUAGAUAUACUUACAGGUCUGCAAAUACCCUACCAAAAAAAUAAGUUGGAAGAACACACAUAUUCAAGUUUGAAGCAUCAACACUAAAAUACUUAUGCUCUGCUUUCUUGUUACUAAAUGUUCUGUUCCUAAACACGAUGAAAAACUUGAAAACAAUACAAACUGUAAAAGAAUUUCUGUUGCCAACAACAGAUCACCUAGCGUUUGUAAAGUGAUUGUCACUGUAUGCCAUUUGUUUUCUUAGUAUGUUAGACUCUGCUUGGUUCUGCUU